AUGGCAGAAUCUAUUGCAAAGGAUGCUAACAAUGCAUUCUCUCUCUUAAAAACAUUAUCUAAUGAGCAAAGGUCUUCAGCGUUACAGAAGAUCCAUGAUGCCUUACAGAAAAGCAAGGAACAAAUUAUUGAAGCCAAUAAGAUUGAUAUGGAUAAUGCUGUUAAGGGCAGCUUAUCUUCAUCUUUGAUUAAAAGAUUAGAUUUAUCUAACAGUGGAAAGUUUGACACUAUGUUACAAGGGAUUUUGGACGUUGCUCAGUUACCAGAUCCAGUUGGAAAAUGUACUUUGGCCAAAAAGAUUGACGAAGGUUUGAACUUAUAUAGAGUCUCAGCACCUAUUGGUGUUUUAUUGAUUAUUUUUGAAUCAAGACCAGAAGUUAUUGCUAAUAUCACUGCAUUAGCUAUUAAAUCUGGUAAUGCAGCUAUAUUAAAGGGCGGGAAAGAGUCGUACCAAACCUUUAAAGUGAUGAGUGAUAUCGUCAAUACUACCUUAGAUAAGGAGACGGAUGUUCCAGGACCUGCGAUUCAAUUGAUUCAAUCUCGAGAAGAAGUUGGUGAUUUAUUACUGCAGGAUAAAUAUAUUGAUUUAGUUAUUCCAAGAGGUUCAAACGAGUUGGUUCGUAAUAUUAAAUCAAACACAAAGAUUCCAGUUUUGGGCCAUGCCGACGGUAUUUGUUCUAUAUAUAUUGACAAGGAGGCUGAUUUGGAUAAGGCUACAAGGGUAUUGGUGGACUCUAAGACCAAUUACCCAGCUGGUUGUAAUGCAGUUGAACAACUUUUGAUUCAUCAAGAUAUCGCAAAUGACAGCGAAAAGUUGAAUAAAAUCAUAAAUUCGUUGAUUAGUGCCAAAGUAACUUCACAUGUUGUUCCAGAGAUCAAAUCGAAGCUUACAAACCCAGAUCAAGAUUUAAUUAAGGACGCAACAGAUGAUGCAUUUGAUAAAGAAUAUUUAUCGUUCGAUAUUUCUGUGAAAUCAGUUGCUUCUGCAGCUGAUGCCAUCAGUCAUAUCAAUGAGCACUCGUCAAAACAUACAGAGAGUAUUAUUACUGAAAAUAAGGCUACUGCUGAGACAUUCAUGAAAGCCAUUGAUUCUGCUGGUGUUUACUGGAAUUGCUCGACCCGUUUCGCCGAUGGGUUCAGAUAUGGUUUUGGAACUGAGGUCGGAAUUAGUACCAACAAAAUUCAUGCCAGAGGUCCAGUUGGAUUAGAAGGAUUGAUGAGUUAUCAAUACCAAUUGAGAGGUGAUGGACAUAUUGUUGCGGACUACGUAGGUGGUGGCGGUAAAAAGGUUUUCGUUCACGAAGACUUAGAUACCAAUGUAGAUUUGUAA